AUGAUUCCCGUGGUUGUCUCCUUCCUGAUCCUUGUGGUCCUGCUCAUUGGGAUGCUCCUCUCCCUCUUGACUCCUGAGGUCCUCUGCCCAAUGUUCCUGAAUGCUUUAGUUGAGAGCUUCAUGAUCCUUGUGUGCCCAGUCGUAGUACCCGUGAAUCUUCUUAUCCCCUGCAAGAUCAUCAACAUCUCCAUCCUCAUGACUCAUUUUAUCAUUGCACCAGCAAUGCUCACAACAACCUUCCUGAACUUCGGGAUCCUCACAAUCAUAUGCAGAAUUGCAGUUGCUCAGUGGUGUACUCUGAUCACGACAGAUAUAGCCCUGCAAUGGACUAUGGGUACACAUGUGAACAUAGAUUCCCUCCACGUGGUGAUUAUGAUGAUCAUGGCUAUGGGUUUCCACAACACAACAGAGGUCAUUAUAAUGAUAGCCAGGCCUAUGGAAGAAGAUAUCAUGGUGAAGGCUCAAGUGCUCUCAAACCUUGCAGACAGUCCUCCCAACCCUCACAUACCUCUCUACCCUCACAAACGGUCCUCCCAACACUUGCAUAGGGUCCUCUUGACCUCGCAAAUGGUCCUCCCAAACCUCGCAGAUGGUCCUCUUGACCUCGCAAAUGAACAGGACAGGACAGGACAGGACAGGACAGGACAACUCAGGACAACUCAAGACAGGGCAGGACAACUCAGGACAGGACAGGACAACUCAGGACAGGACAGGACAACUCAGAACAGGACAGGACAGGACAGGAUAACUCAGGACAGGACAGGACAACUCAGAACAGGACAGGACAGGCCAGGACAGGAUAGGACAGGACAACUCAGGAUAGGGCAGGACAGGGCAGGACAGGACAGCUUAGGACAACUUAGGACAACUCAGGACAACUCAGGACAGCUUAGGACAGGACAGGACAGGACAGGACAGGACAACACAGGACAACUCAGGACAGGACAAGACAACUCAGGACAACUUAGGACAACUCAGAACAGGACAGGACAGGACAGGACAGGACAGGACAACUCAGGACAACUCAGGACAACUCAGGACAGCUUAGGACAGGACAGGACAGGACAGGACAACUCAGAACAGGACAGGACAGGACAGGACAGGACAGGACAGGACAACUCAGAACAGGACAGGACAGGACAGGACAGGACAGGACAGGACAACACAGGACAACUCAGGACAGGACGGGACAACUCAGGACAACUUAGGACAACUCAGGACAACUCAGGACAACUCAGGACAGCUUAG